AUGCACUCAUCUCAACCCGCGUCGCGACCUACGUACAGGCAACGCCCACUUUUCUGUGUAGUAUGCGCCAGCAACCAGAACCGAUCAAUGGAAGCGCACUCUAUAUUACAAAAGGAAGGUUAUCGAGUGAUUUCAUACGGAACUGGCUCCGCUGUCCGGCUUCCAGGCCCAUCAAUCGACAAGCCCAACAUUUAUUCCUUUGGCACGCCCUAUAACACCAUUUAUGAAGAACUGCACGGAAAAGACCCUCGUUUAUACACUGCAAAUGGUUUGCUACAUAUGCUCGACCGCAACCGCAAAAUAAAGCUUGCGCCGGAACGGUGGCAAGAAAGUAAGACAAUGGCAGACAUCGUCAUUACAUGCGAGGAGCGCUGCUUUGAUGCUGUGUGUGACGACCUUUUGGCACGCGGUGGGGAAUUCAGCCGGGUUGUUCAUAUCAUCAACAUCGAGAUCAAGGAUAAUCAUGAAGAAGCUUUUAUUGCGGGGAAGGCGAUUCUUGAUCUGGCGGCGGCAAUCGAAGCGUCAGAUGAUGUUGAUGAGGACAUCAAUCACAUCUUGCAGCUGCAACAAGAAAGACACCCUCAUAGUAUCCUCCACGCUGUCGCGUUCUAUUGA